AAAAACAGAAACUUUUUUUGGUGCUUGCUGGAAACAGAUUAUACCAACAAUAAUAUGGGAAGAGAACAUAUCUGGCUGCUGAUAGUGUCUAUUUAUUUGGUAAAAACUUGUGCAACAUUCUCAACGCCUGCUGAAGAAACUUCAACUAUUCCAAGCAACAGCACUGACUGGCUCGUGGACUACAGCGACAUUAAAACCAAGUUCUCCCUGCGCACAGCCGAAGAGCCGGACGAUGAUACCUGCUACCUCGUGCCUGGUCAGCUAGACACUAUCUCACAGUGUCAAUUCAAUACCGACGUAAAGACCUUCGUGAUAAUUCACGGAUGGACGGUGACGGGGUUGUUCGAGAGCUGGGUGUCUAAGCUUGUGGUGGCCCUGUACGAGCGGGAGCCCGCUGCCAACGUCAUUGUGGUGGAUUGGCUGAACCGCGCACAGCAGCACUACCCCACCUCCGCCGCCUACACCAAGCUCGUGGGCCAGGAUGUGGCCAAGUUUAUCAACUGGAUCGAGACAGGGCUGAACUACCCGUGGGAGAAAAUUCAUCUGCUGGGAUACAGCCUGGGUGCCCAUGUGGCCGGGAUCGCUGGGUUCCUCUCAAACAAUAAGGUCUACAGGAUCACAGGCUUGGACCCUGCGGGCCCAGGGUUCGAACACGCCGAUGCUCAGAGCACCUUGUCUCCUGAUGACGCCAACUUCGUGGAUGUCCUGCACACCAACACCAGGGGGUCACCGGGUCGCAGCAUCGGGAUCCAGAAGCCUGUGGGCCAUGUGGACAUCUACCCCAACGGCGGCACUUUCCAGCCGGGCUGUGACCUGCAGAGCACCAUAAAGAUGAUCGCCACUUCCGGCUUCUACUACAUGGACCAGAUAGUGAAGUGUUCCCACGAGCGCUCCAUCCACCUGUUCAUCGACUCGCUGGUUAACGAGGAGCAGCAGAGCCUGGCCUACCGCUGCAGCUCCAAGGAGACCUUCAACCAGGGCCUGUGCCUCAGCUGCCGCAAGAACCGCUGCACCAAGAUGGGCUACGACGUGCAGAAGGUGCGGUCCCGCAGGAGCGCCACCAUGUACCUCAAGACCAGAGAAGCCAUGCCCUACAAAGUUUUCCACUACCAGGUGAAGGUGCACUUCUUCAAUGACAGGAAUGCUACCUUCAAGGACGAGCCGCUUAAGGUGUCCCUUAUCGGAGUUCUGGAUAAGAAGGAAGACAUAAGCCUGGUCCUGCCCGUCAUGCACACCAACACUACCGUCUCCUUCCUGCUGACCUCGGACGUGGACAUCGGGGAGCUCCGGGAGGUCAAGCUCCAGUGGGAGAAGGACUCUGUCUUCAGCUUCAGCAACUGGUGGAGCCAGCAGCAGUUCAAAAUCCGCAGGCUGCGCAUAAAAUCCGGGGAGACACAGGCCAAGGUUGUUUUCACUGCCAAAGAUGGGGAGUUUGCGCACCUGGUGAGAGGAGGGGAGUACGUCAGCUUCAUGAGAUCCAAAGAGGACCAUGCUAACCGCAAACAGGAGAGGCUCCACAGACUAAAAAUGAACGGCAGCCUCUUCAAGCGCAGCGCAGAGUAACGCGUGAUACUAGCACUCAGAGUGGAGGCGAGCCCUACAGCCAAUCAGAGGGUCAGAGAACCUGAAGACACAGGGGGAGGAAAGCUGGUUACCGGGUGAUCAGUUUUUCCUGGAUGUGCAGAGUCUGCAUCAUUGUGUCAUCGACCUGGCGCCGUUUAAAAUAUUUGUGCGUCCUUCUGCAAUGCACUGUCAUUUAAGCACAGCCUGUUGGUAAUGAAUAAUCACUGGCACCCUUUGACCAAUCCUCUUCCCCAAAAACACAUUCAUCUUUGCUGUGGAUGGAGUUUGAACAGGCAAGUGUGGGCAGAGAGUUACAGCUGUUUUUCAUGUGUGCCACUUCAGACUGGCACGAUUCCUCUGUUGCAGUUCUUUGAUAUUGUAUUGUCUUGAGAAACGUACUCUCAAAAAUCUUCUAAAACCUUUAAAAGUCUUUUUAUGUUCAUUUGACCCAUGCAUACAUGCAUCUACUGUGUGAGUUUCUU